CCUCCUCCCCCUCCUCCUCCUCCUCCUCGCCCACCCGGGGGCAUGGCGCGGCGGCCGCACGCCGUGCCCGCCCCCGCGUCGGCGCUCCACGGCGCCGGCAUGGGCGGCCUGGCGCGGUCGAUGGGCAUCCAGGCCUCCGGAAAGGUGGACUUCUUUGCGGCAUCGGGCCCCCCCCUGCAGGGCUACGGGGCCCUUGCCAAGGAGCCCCUGGCGGUGGGCGAGGCGCUGCUGGAGAUCCCGCUCGCGGCGUGUCUGACGCGCCGGCGUUCGUGGACGAGCAGCAGAAGCUGAUGCUGCGCCUCCUCCAGGAGGUGUUCAGCCCAACCCGAUCGCAGUGGGCGCCCUACCUUGACACGCUGCCCAGGGAGUUCCCCACCGUGCCGCUGUGGUACUCGGCGGAGGAGCUGCGGCUGCUGCGCGGCACCUCGGUGGACGCGCUGCUGGCGGGCAGGCACAUCGCGGCCGAGCAGGACCUGCUCGGCAUCUUGGACUGGGCCGCCCACCGGGAGCCGAGGCUGUUCCCGACCGGCGCCGGCGUAGGCCUUCCGGAGCUCCGGUGGGCGGCAUCGGUGGUGGCGAGCCGCGCCUUCGACUCCGUGAAGGCGGGGGUGGUGCUCGCGCCGUUCGCCGACGCGCUCAACCACCGCGGCUGCGGCCCGCACACGAGGAUGCGCGACGGCGGGGACGUGCUGAGAUUCUGCGUGGAGGACGACAUCUCAGCGGGCGAGGAGGUGUUCAACACCUACGGGGCACACGGCAACACACAGUGGCUCCUGAAUGGAGGCUUCCUGGACCUCUCUGGCCCUUUCCACGACCUGCUGGUGACCCCCGCCGACGCGGUGUCCGCGGCCCUGGCGCACCUGCGGUCCGCGGCCCACGGCGACGAGGACGACGUCGAGGACCGGAUCUGCGAGCGCCUGUCCGUGCUCCAGCGGCCCGAGCUGCUCGGGACGGAAACGUUCCAGCUCACGUCGGAGGCCCCGCCGUCGAG